AGCGUAGUGUUGUUCGCUGCUUCGAUCGAAAAUUUGGUCAAUAGAGGAGACCCCGUCUGUGUUGAUGUUGCUGUUAAUGUUGUGUUGCUUAGAGUUAUGAAGAAGCUAAACGUUUUCCAAUUAGAUGUUGUUGUUACUGUCACCGGUAGAACGAUCAAGCAAGCACAAUGUCUUUCGAAGUUCCUGAAACAAACAAUUAGCGUCUUGCCCUGUGACACUGCCGAAAUUCCUUACGCCGCCUAUUUUGACUAGUUCUUCCGAUGAAAAUGCAGUCUGAUCAGUAAUUAUAUACGGCCAUAGCGUAAGUUACGUGCGCCGGCAAUCAGUUAUAGUAUACUCUACGUUUUUAGCUGGAUAGAUAUUUCCACGCCGUUCGUAAGCCAGUACCAGUAUUAAUAGGAGUAGCAUUGAGCUCACCUCACCAAGAGGUAUCGCUCGAAACGCCGAAAUUAGUUCACUGAUCAAAAAAAGAGUAUUGUUUGCAUUUACUACUGAAUGCAAUAACUUGUCCUCCACCCACGGUGGAGCUUGUCCGUAUCAUGGGGGUCACACGGUCAACACUGUCACCACAUAUUCGCUUGGAUGACACCUCUGGGGGAGCUGUAAUUGUUGGAUGAACAAAUCAACCUAAAAACUGAUACAGGCGUCGCUCUCAGCUGACUACCCGCAUUCAACCUUGCUAUAUUAACUACGGUCGUAUAUAACUUACUGACGGCUGGGAGAAGGAAAUAGAGAACUUUGAUUCGUUGCACAACUUGUACAUCUUCAAGAGUAUUACGCAGCGUCAUUAUUUUAGCGUUAGUUUGAUUGUCACGUCAGUGAGACAGACGUGCCCACUGCGCUUUUUCCGAUCGAGCGUACUAUUUACUGCUUUCUAGAUUGGAUGUGCUGAGUCUCCUAUUUGACGUAUCGGAAGAUUUCUACACCGCGUAAUUCUGCUGCGUGCAGGCUUUUUCAGUCAACAGGGUAGUAAAGUGUUACCGAUUUAAUGUGACUAUUGUACCAUGAUGAAGCAUAACAGUUUCCAUAAAUUGGCGGACUUUCUCCGGUCAUACGGUGAUUCUUUAUUUAACAGCAAUGGCUCCUCCAUAGAAUGCAAACUCUGUCUAACUACGCGAGCUUUAGUUGAACUUUCUAAACACCUAUCGAUGGUGUUACAAAAUGAGCACUUUGAAUCAAACUCGUUCUCGGUUUUAGGCUGUGACGCUAAUUCAUUGUAUAUGAGGGACCUCCUUUUCAUUCACGACAUCUUCCAAAAAGUGACCAAACUCAAGUUGGUUACCUCCUCAACGACCGUCGAAAGCGAGAUGUCCCUUUCACGGUUUGGCGCUCUCCGGCAGCUCGAUCUUCAGCGGGUGCCACCACACCUUUUCGUGCCUAUGUGUCCGACGCAGGCCGGACAACUUGAGGUCCUCGAAGCUCACCGUUGCCUCACUGAAGCCAAGGCCGUGCUGAAAUUGUCGGGUGGAGCUCCGUGGAGCAGACUGGAAACCCUCAGAUUGUCUCACAAUAUGCUCAUUUCAUUUGGCCUUGAGCAUCAAACAAUUACUGAAACGGAUGUCGACAGGGACAAGAAGAAUGAGCACUCGUUGCAUAUGUCACACCUACUCCCCAAUCUUCGUAAUCUUGACCUGUCUCAUAAUCAGCUCCGAGAGCUCGAUCUCUGCGGAUUGGAGUACUUGUCGUGUGUCGAUCUCUCAUUCAACUUCAUUUCGCGGAUACCUCAGUUGCAUUGCCGCUCAAGCCUUCUUCAUUUGGCGCAUCUGUGUCUUCGCAACAAUCUUCUCGAAGAUCUUUGGGGCCUGGAGGCACUGACAGCCCUCAGAGUAUUAGACCUCGGGCACAAUAUGAUGAGCGAAUUCAGCGUUCUGCAACCGUUGGCCAACUUGUUGCAAUUAGACCGGCUGGCAUUGGAAGGCAACCCGUUUGCUCUCCAUGUUGACUAUCGAAAAAAAGUGGCUGCACACAUCGCCAAAACAGUCAUUCUGGAUGGCCAAUACGAGGUUUACAGCGAACGAACGUUAAUCCUAAGCACUUUAGAGCCAAUACAUAUAUAUCCCGUCGGCCGCGGACGGACCGAAGCCGUGGACCAGCAUAUAUAUGUAGGCGAAACUGAGAAUUGCCCCUCGUUGUCCGGCGCUCACCCUAGCAGUUCCGCAUCCUCGGUCAAGACAGGCAAAACCCGACAGUCUAUAAUAGAGAACCCGGCAGAAUGUGAUACGGAAUCACAAGAGAGACUCUCUCUUAUGAGCAAUUCACAAAAUGUAUCCAAUUUGAAGCAAGUUGUUCAGGAACACUGCAGGGAAAAUGGCCACGCCUGGCUGUUGACUGCCGCUCAUGUCCUUCAACUUCCGAUGGCGCAGAGUACACCCCUGCCGCCCCUGAGUAGUUCCCAGGAUACUAACAUUACGAGUGAAGUAAACGGAAGGCAAAAAGAACUCGGCUGUGGGCGAAAGGAAAGCCAUCAGAGUGACGACUGUUUGAUCGUAACAGGCGAGGAUGUGCCUUCUUCUAUAGAUCUGGCGUCAUUGAACGACAACAAAGAACAAGCUUUACUAGGACAACCUCGAGGCGCCUCUCCUAACGCUUCGUUGUGCGCUGCCGUAUUGAUGACGACGUCGCAAGUGGAAAGUAUCGAUGAAACGUCUGUGCGGGCAACUCCUGAACUAGAAGACGAUGCACUAGGAGCGUCGGCGUUCGGGCAUAGCGAAAGUGACAAAGAAGAAUCACCCGCAAUCGGUGUGAUCGACGCGGAGCCACCUGAGAUAAAUGAUGAAGACAUCGAGGCUCUAGCGGAUACCACAUCAGAUGGAACGUUCCUAUCAGCUGCCGCGACACCUACAGGCGAUGCCGCCGGUUUUAACGUCUUGAACAACACAUUGGAGGAACCAGGGUCAGCGAUCAAACAAACGGACCCAUCACCUCGAAAGAGUAUUACGAGCUUGGACGAUUCAGAUCGCUUGGAAGAAGAUGGUAAGGUAUGGGCCAGAUUACGAGAACUCCGUCGGAACAACUUGGAGUAUGACGCCGAACAUUCGAUGCCUGCUGAAGAAAAGGUGUAUCUGGAAUUGCAGGUGUUCACGAAGGAGGAAAAUUUCCGAGCAGCUUUUCGAGCUUAUAUUGUUCUGACCCAUGAUUGGGCCUUGGAGGGUUUUGUAAUCCUCUCCGAGCAUCGGAUGUACGUGUCUAAGCCGCGAGUUUCAACCUCGGAGUGCGGCGUUCUCUGGUCCGUACCAUUGUGUCGACUUCGUCGCACCACUGUUCAGCUGGGAGCACAGACACUCGUAAUUGAAGUUGAUAAAAACACAGCCGAAUGGGGGCCGUGUGGGGGACCCGGUGCCGCGCCCGAUUGGCUACUUCUGUACAUAGGCGAUACAGGCUGGUGUGCACAGCUUUCUCAGCUAAUCAACCUUUACAUGCCGGAAAAAGCUCGAACACUGCGGUCGGAGGUUGGAAGUGGGGAUUUGCUAGCAUCGCUCCAUCUCGAAAGCGAAAGUCUUCGAGCCUACUCGCAGGGUUACUGGAGAAUUUUGGACGAUGGAGGCGCGACACCGCCAGAAAAAAGCCACGUUUGUAUCGCAGUUGCUUCGCAGGACGUCGUCGUCGUACGAGAACGUCACGUUGAACCCGAGAAGGUAAAGUUUACUGAGGUAUGUACUCAGUCGAUCAUCGCACUUACCUCGUUAGCGCUUGAAGAGAGUGAUCCACGAAUUGCGAACGUCACGUUUGCCCUGGAUGAAACCGGCACCAGGGAACAGGUGUGGUACUUUGAAACUGCGUCCGUAGCAUCAAUGUUUGUGUUCAUUGAGAGCCUCCGUCAACCCUGGCAGGAAGUCUUCGACAUCGAACUACCACUCAGUUAUAUACAGUGAAUCUAAUCUUUUCUCAAUACAAAUUAUAGCGAUAGGACUCUAGCGUUAAAGAACUUCGCCGCUUAAUACGAAUCAUCUGGACGCGAUCAAACGCACCCAUUAAGAACGACAAAUGCUGCUACUAUUCGCACACAUAUAUAUAUAUAUUUAUCUAUUGAUUCAAAUGUAUUGAUCUUAUGUCAGAUUAUUUGAAGCGUUUUAUGACCGACCUUCGCUAAAUGGCUGUGUGAUUCCGCUUAAUUGACUUAAAGCGUUCUCCAGAAAAACAACUUUAUUGUUUCUAACACUGUACAAACAGUAUGUUAUCGAUGAAACAAUUGAAGCCAACCAAGUGUUAGUUGCAGGCUAUAUUACAAUAAAUAUAUAAUUAUAUAACUUCCUGUAAAGUAAUUUGUAGCUGACCCGAAAUUAGUGAUGGAUGAGUUUUUCAUUCUAUUUUGUCGCAAUGAAAAAUAAAAAAAAAAAACGAAAUGUUAUAUACCUGUAAAUAAUUACUAGCUAUAUGAUAGUUUUUUUCUUUUUAUUGCAAUAUUUCGAUAGAUAUAUUAGGCCAACAUACACAAUCGCCUAUGUAAAGCAAUAUUUAUAUUUACAUAGUUGUUUUUAAUGCCGAAACGAAGAAACACCUACUUUUGUAUAUAUGUACGAUUUGGUAUCCACAAACGCUCAACGAUUGGAAGAGGCGGAACCUCCGAUUUCUUCUCUAGCCACAGUCUUGUCAAGCUAGCUUGAAGGACAGUUGAUUUAAAUGAAAUUAAAUCAAAAUUUCAACUAGACGAUAUUUAGAUCGUCCCUACCGUUUAGUUCCUACUGAAGUGUCAAAAAGCAUCACUAACACUUCAGGAAAUUUUUAUAAGUAUGAGCUAAUAAAUGCAAGGUUGUGGCAGGCAAUGUGGGUACUAUCAUGAGCUACCCGUCUGCAAAAAGGAGGCCUUUUUGAUAUUGUUUUUGCCAAUAGAUAUUGAUUUAGCACAUCGUUUCUGGGCAGGGUGCGAUUGCGUAUAUCACAAUAACGGCCUCACUAUUCUACCACUAACUGAUGAUUGAUACUAUCCAAUGAGUAGAAUCGAGGCUUUAAAUUUAACUAAAUAAAGAUAAAAGUAUUUCAGAGAUUAUUUUCGAAAUUUUGUUUAAUUUUAUAUUCAUUUUAUGAAAGGCCAUAGCUAAACGAACGGCAGUACGUUCUCGAAACCUACUUCUUUACGCAUUUACAUGCAUAAAUAUAGAUAAAAAAAAAACUUCAUUUAUUUUAAGUACUGCCAAUAGCUGUCGGUUGGCUUUAGCUGUACGCGUGAAAAUGAUGUGAGACGUUUUUGUGAAACAACGAGCAGUUUCCGUAUUAUAUAAACGAAUAAUAUAUCGAGAAGAGGAUUUCGAAAACAAUCAUUUGUCCUGCUGAGAUGAGUCGCCUUCGUAUAAUGAUUAGAAUGUUCUUGUCCCCGCUGUUCUGUUUUUUAACUGGUAAAAAAUGUGAUUAAAUCGAUAAAUAUUGCAUUAGUAGUAUUUAAAUAUAACGAACGUGUCUCAUUUUUUAGUCUUCUGAGACCCUAAUGGGCAAAAACGCCGCUUUUCCAACACAGCAGCAUUUCUUUAAACAACUUCCCGUUAGAGAUUUUUUUAAAAAAAUGUUUACUAAAGCUAACUAAACAAUGUAUAUGGGAAAUGAUAGCAGACAAAAAUCAUACAUCUAUCACACUUAAAAAUUUCCAUGUUUCGAACUUCCGAUAUAACUAGUGCACCAAAAGAAAAUACCGAUGAAUGAAUAAAGUUCCAAGCGUUCAAAUUCAAUUUGUCUUAAUGACAGUUUCUUUGCAAAAUCUUACUCGACAACUGGUUCAAAUAAAAAUGGCACGAUUAUAGUUGUUUCUUCACCAACAGUGGCAGACAAUUUUCUCAUAAGACACAAUUCGGUGGUAGCUAGUCUCAGAUGAGGUCGUAUGAUGAUCGGGUACACUCGAAAAUACAUAUGCACAGUGUGACACCGCCAAAACAGCCUUAAUAUAACUGCAGUGACAUUUCAACUAAAUCAACUUAAAUCUCUGUGGAAACGCAUCUGUUCGGAAACAUGCAACAACGAUUUUGCCGCCACUAAGACAUUUUCUGAAUGAUGAUGACGCCAUUUUGGUUUUUGGCAGGACUGCGCUUGUUUAUAUUUGAGCUCCCAGCUGUGUACCGUUCUAUUUUAUCCACACCUGAGAAGUUUUUGAGUAAGAUGGCAUUGGUAUAACAUACGAUCACGUCUAAAUCACGUUGCAGCUUGGCUAUUGUUGUAGCGGUAAGACCAUUUUGUUGAUUUAGUAGCCGUGCCCAGCAGAUAUUGUGG